UCGCAUUCCUGAGUCGGCCUGGGUCGGACACUCAGAUCUCUCAGUGUGUAUCUAGACACGGAGAGAGUAGGAGAACAAAUCCAUCACAACCCUUACUUCCAGUUAUCCAGUUCACCAGCUUUUUCUUAAAUUAAGAACAGGAUGGCUGUAUACGAGCUAGAUGAUGAAUUAUCACCGACAGAUACAUCUGAAGACAGUAUAGAUGUCAGAGUUAAACAGAUCCGUAGUUCCUCGACCACCAACAGGAAAAAUAAGAGAAAAUCCAAUGAACCGCGACGGUUUAACGUCCAAGAAAGCUCGGAGUUUAAACGGCGGCGGCUCAACAGCACCGGCUCGGAGGAGAGAUCACAGAAUUUGUCCGGCUCAAGGUCUCCCUCUCCCUCACCGAGCUCCCCAAGCCUGGAUACAAAGAAAAGUCCUGAACCCAUCUCCCCCCAGUAUCUUGCUCCUAAAAAGAGAUUUAAACUCGACGCAUUAAGAGAAAUUCAAAGAUUAAAGGACGAAGAAUCUGCGGAGAAAUCAGAUCUUGGAUCCGUGAAUUCUCUAAACCCGUUCAGACCUUGGAGUCAAACCGCGGAGUCAUCUCCUCCACCCACACCUGUCCUGAUACCGGAGAUGCCUUGCAUUCCUUUCCUACUUCAGGGCCUACACGGAGAUGUUCCACUAGCAUUCCUUCCUGGUCUUCUCCAACCCUCUAUCCUUAUUCCUUCUCUUCCAGUCCAGGACGAACCUCUCUCCCUCGUGAAAGAGAAGAAACCCGAAAUUUUGCCUAAAAGUGAUAAAGUGAAGAAAGCCCCCCGAACAGAUAAAAAUAUCGAGUCCUCACCACCCAAGAAGAAAUCCAUCAAGACUGAACCUGUCACAAUAAAAAUAGAGCCUUGUCUCAAAGAGGAAAUUUCCUCGCCUGACGAUAAAUCUAAGCAAAGAAACUACAAGAAUCUAACAAGAGAAAGACGGAUCGAAGCGAAUGCUCGAGAGCGUCAAAGGGUCCACACGAUAACUGCAGCAUUUGAUACACUGCAAGCUGCUAUCCCAUCAGAGGAUGAAAAUAUCAAACUAUCCAAACUAUCUGUGAUAAAGAUUGCUACAGCCUAUAUCAUGGCUCUCUCUAGAAUGGCUGGAUAUGAUUAUACAGAGGAUAGAUCUGCUCCGUCCCUUGAAUCCGUUCUUGAACAUUGCAGAGAAACCAUCCAUACAGAAUCUAGGAUCAAGAAGAGAGUGUAAAAACAAAUUUUUCUACUAUUUAUCUAUUUACAUUAAUCGUAUUUUUGGGAUUAUUUAUUGUUUUGUUACAUGAACACAAAACUGGCUGUGAAAUAUAUUUUAUCCGAACUUAA